ACUCCCACUCGGCGCUCGCUUGCUUCCUCCUAUAAAGCCGGCUUGCUCUUUCUUCCGUCUCCGUCUCAUCUCGAAGCCGUCGGCCGAGGGUGGAAGCCCUCGCCAGUCCGCUUAGUUCGGUAGAGAUCUCCGGCCGGAGGGAGACAAAAUAUUUGGAUAAAUUUACAUGCAACAAACAUGGCAUUUGGGAGAAGCUCAAGGUUGGAUGGCAGGGGGACAUCCUCAUUAUGCUCGACAACUACAAUUGUCGUGUUUGUCGCCCUUUGCUUAGUUGGAGUAUGGAUGAUGACAUCCUCAACGGUCAUUCCUGUGGAGAUGGCGGAUACUCAAUCUGAGACUAAUGACAAAGUUGCUAAGUCCGAUUCUAGGUCAUUUGAGAAUCGUUCGGGCGAUGUCACCAAUGAUUCAACAAGCAGCGAUGGCAAUGACAAUGAAAACAAUGUUCCAAAUGAAGCCUAUUCUGCAUCAGAUAAAACAGCUGAAGUGCCAGUAGAGAAAACCAAAGUGAAGGAUCUUCCAAAGGGAAGCAAUGAUUCUAAAAAUGAGUUGGAAGAUACUUCAAAAACUGGUACCUUUAGUGAUGUCGAUGGAGAAGGAGGAGGAGAAACAAUCAAGGAGGCUGGAGACGUGGAUCAGGAGAUUGACACAGGUGAUCAGGCAGAUCGUCAAGACCAGAACAUAGAGGACAGAUCAAAGGAAGCUGAAAAUGAUGAUGAUACUAAAACGGAUAAGAAAUCAGAACAAGAUGAGGUAUCAGAUGGCGGCAAAAAUAAGGAUGAAAACAAUGAAGGUCCGGUAGAGGAGAAAUUGGAGCAAAAUGGAGACAAGAAUACACCACAAGACUUCGACGACGGAAACAAAGAGGGGGAUCAACCAAAGGACACAGGUGGCAAUGAGGUCUUCCCAUCUGGGGCCCAGUCAGAGCUUUUAAAUGAAACCAAUACCCAGAAUGGUGCAUGGUCUAGCCAGGCAGCAGAAUCAAAGAACGAGAAGGAAGUGCAAAUAUUAUCUUCACCUGAUGGCCAAAAUUUUGAUUCCACCUGGAAACUCUGUAAUGUCACUACUGGAGAAGAUUACAUUCCUUGUCUUGACAAUGUGGCAGCCAUUAAGAAGCUACACUUCACUGGGCAUUAUGAACACAGAGAGAGGCACUGCCCUGAAGAGCCACCAACCUGCCUUGUUCCUCUGCCAGAUGGAUACAGACUACCAGUGAGGUGGCCCAACAGUCGGGAAAAGAUAUGGUACAACAAUGUGCCACAUACCAAGCUUGCAGAAGUGAAAGGACACCAAAAUUGGGUGAAAGUUUCUGGAGAAUAUAUCAAUUUUCCAGGAGGCGGAACUCAGUUUAUACAUGGUGCACUUCAUUAUAUUGAUUUCAUCCAGGAGUCAUUGCCUGAUAUAGCAUGGGGAAAACGGAGCCGUGUUGUGCUGGAUGUUGGCUGUGGUGUGGCUAGUUUUGGUGGUUAUCUCUUUGAUAGAGAUGUUCUGACCAUGUCAUUUGCACCCAAAGAUGAGCAUGAGGCGCAAGUGCAGUUUGCUCUUGAGAGAGGCAUUCCAGCUAUAUCAGCAGUCAUGGGUAGCAAAAGACUUCCUUUCCCUAGUAAGGUCUUUGAUGUUGUUCAUUGUGCCCGGUGCAGAGUCCCAUGGCAUAUUGAAGGUGGUAUGCUUUUGUUGGAGCUGAAUCGGUUGCUGCGUCCUGGUGGUUACUUUGUCUGGUCAGCAACUCCAGUUUACCGAACUGAUCCAGAAGAUGUUGGGAUCUGGAAAGCCAUGACUGCACUGACAACAUCUAUGUGCUGGGAGAUGGUCAAUAAAACAAGUGAUGAACUGAACCAAGUUGGUUUAGCUAUCUAUAGAAAACCUAUUGACAAUAGAUGCUACGAGAAAAGAUCAGAAGAUAAUCCACGACUUUGCCAAGAAUCCGAUGAUGCAGAUGCAGCAUGGAAUGUUCCACUCCAAGCAUGUAUGCACAAGGUGCCUCUAGAUUCAGCUAGUCAUGGGAGGAUGUGGCCUGAGCAGUGGCCACAAAGGUUGGAGAAGGUGCCUCACUGGCUAAACAAUUCUCAACCUGGGGUUUAUGGUAAACCUGCACCAGAAGACUUUGUAUCAGACUAUGAGCACUGGAAACGGGUUGUUAGCAAAUCAUAUGUCGGUGGAAUGGGAAUUAACUGGUCUACUGUGAGAAAUGUCAUGGACAUGAGAUCUGUAUAUGGAGGCUUUGCUGCAGCUUUGCGAGAUAUGAAGGUCUGGGUGAUGAAUAUUGUCUCAAUCGAUUCACCAGAUACACUCCCUGUUAUUUAUGAGAGGGGCUUGUUUGGAAUGUAUCAUGAUUGGUGUGAAUCAUUCAGCACCUACCCAAGAACAUAUGAUCUUCUCCAUGCCGACCAUUUAUUCUCUAAAAUCAAGAAAAGGUGCCAACUACGGCCUGUAAUUGUUGAGGUCGACCGGAUAACAAGGCCGGGAGGAAAGCUGAUCGUGAGGGACGAUGUUAACACAAUCAGUGAAAUAGAGACCACGGUUAAGUCUCUGCAAUGGGAGAUCCGGCUGACAUAUUCGAAGGACAAUGAAGGCUUGUUGUGUGCCGAGAAGACAAUGUGGCGGCCAAAACAGGUCGAGACGAGUAUGCCGUAGAGAGUAGGUGUAUGAAUGCUGCCAUUUCUGAGGGAGAUGGGUAUGGUAUGGUUUUUGUCGUUAUUUACAUUUUCAAGAAGGGGAAAGAAAAAGUUGUGCAAGUUACUAAUUUCAUAAUUAAUUCUUCUCGAGGUCAAAGAAAUUGUUCUGCUAGAGAUUAUCUAA